AUGAGGGCCGCCAUCCUGGAGAGCGGGCACAGGCUGCCCCGUGGGGUCUACGCCCCGGGGGGGCAGCUGCGCCACGUCCUGGGCACCCGCGACCUGCGCCACCGCAACUGGAUGCGCUAUGUCUACCCUGCCCCGGGCACCACCGCCCAGAGCCCGGCGGCCUGCCAGCACCACCGGGACAUCUACUUCUACACGCUGGCGCCCAUCGCGCCCGGCGCCGAACUGCUCCCGUGGGCCGGCCGCGAGGUCGCCCAGCGCCUGCAGCACCCGGCGCUGGCUGCCAAGCUCGAGCCCCAGGGUGUGGGCAAGCCCUGCCUGGAGCCAGGCUCGGAGCAGCUGGCAUCGGCGGGCACCCCGGCCUGCCACGACCUCGCCACCAAGCCCACAAAAGAGGAGGAGGAAGAGAAGCGUGCAGACGUCCGAGGGCUGGGCAGGGGCACGGGAAGCCGUGCCGUCUGGCCCUGGCCCCCGGGGCUCGGCUUGUCCCACGAUGCCGCUGGAGAAGCGGCUGGGCCCGCGUGCCAAAGAGACGGGGACGUCCCGAGCCAGCCGGGCCUCGGCCCCUGCCCCUGCGGCCUCGCUACCUCACCGCGCCCGGAGCUGCAGCGGCACCUCGGUGGCCUCUCCCCCGCCUGCCCGCUGUACUGGCCCCCCGGGUACCUCUACGCCUGCAGCCCCAGCCUAGCCCACUGCCCCCGGGUGCUGCUGGUGCCUCACGCCUCGCCCUUCCCACCGCCGCCCGCACCGAGCGGGGCAGGGCAGCCCUCCGCCUUGGGGCUGCCUUCCCAGGGGUACGGCCAGGCCCUGCGGGAAGGCUUGGUCCCAUACCCCGGAGCCCACCGGACUGUGCCACCGCUGCCCCUCGGCAAACAGGACGACCCCCAGCUCCAGGAGCCGGGCUCCCUCGCCCUGGGCUCCGGGCUCCAGCCGUGCCUGCGCCCCGGCGCAGACGCGGACGCUGCCCCCCGCGCCAAAGCACAGCCACAGAGACCUACCUCCCGGCUCGCCCUCCAGCUGGAUGCCGUCAACCUCAGCGUGCCAAAGACUCGCCCCCCGGACCCCCCGCCCGCGGCCUUGCCCCCGAAGAAGCAGAGCAGCAGGCCCAAAUACGAGUGCAACAUCUGUGCCAAGACCUUCGGGCAGCUCUCCAACCUCAAGGUCCACCUGCGCGUGCACAGCGGGGAGAGACCUUUCCAGUGCCCCGUCUGCAAGAAGCGCUUCACGCAGCUGGCUCACCUGCAGAAGCACCGGCUGGUCCACACCGGCGAGAAGCCCCACGAGUGCCUGGUCUGCCACAAGCGCUUCAGCAGCACCAGCAACCUCAAGACACACCUGCGGCUGCACUCGGGCGAGAAACCCUACCAGUGCCCCCUGUGCCCGGGCCGCUUCACCCAGCAGGUCCACCUGCGGCUGCACAGGCGCCUGCACGAGCUGGAGUGCCAGCACCGCUGCCCUCGCCUGCACCCGCUCAGCCUGGUGCUGCACCAGCGCGCCCGCCACCCCCGGCUGCCCGGCGCGACCCACGACUUUGGCCCGGAGGGUGAAGGGGCCGACGCCAGCCAGGCCGCGGGGCUGGUGGACAGUCUGCUCCUCGUGGACAAGGCCUCGGGCUCAGCCCUGUUGCCCCUGCCCCGCUACGGGCUGCCCGUCAAGCGGGAAGCCUCCCCCAUGCAGCCGGCCUGA